AUGGCUUCAAUUCUAGCUAAGCUGCCGACUCCACCGAUUGUAACAAUCAACGGAAAGCAGCCCUUUCUCAGCCAUACUCUUCAGAAUGUUACAAUGUCUGGUUUUAGUGAAAGACAUGGUAGAUUUUCCCUAUCUGUAAAGGCUUCACAAAACACCUCUGAAUCUUCAACCUCCCUGAGUUUCGGGCAAUCCACACAAAGUUUCUGGGAUAGUCCCGAAGACAAGAUUGCUCUAAUUGGGUUGGGAUUUGCAGCCGUUGUUGGCAUUUGGGCCGCUACAAAUCUUGUCGCGGCUAUUGACAAGCUCCCGGUCAUUCCAAGUGCAUUCGAACUGGUUGGCAUCCUAUACUCAGCUUGGUUCGUCUACCGUUAUCUCUUAUUUAGACCAGAUAGGGAAGAGCUGUUUCGCUUCAUCAAGAAGUCAAUAGCAAAUAUCUUGGGCCAGUAG